AUGUUUCGUGGGGGCGAUUUUCAACAUACUCAACAUAUUGGUAUUCACAAGGAAAACUAUGAAUUCGCCAUCGAACCGGAUACUCGCUCAUUUGGCGUUUGCAGAUUUCCUAGUUUCGUGUCUGUAUUCCUGACAGUGCAGUUGGCUGUAUGGAGAUACAUAGCUGUGGUACAUCCGUGGAAGCAGCGGAAUUGGUGCAAUAAGAAAAUUACUCGUAAUGUCAUCAUUGCCGGAUACGUCGUUUGCUGUGUUUUGUAUGCUAUACCCUAUCAUUUGUCAUUUGAUAUCGAAACCAUCGACAGUAAUCAAAAUACACAUGCACAUCCAUAUCACAAAUUCACAAUCGACGGACAUCUCAUUAUGUACAAAUUAAGAUACUACAUCUACGGACUAGUGAUCAGAUUAUUUCCAUCAGUUGUCUUGGUGUGGUUAACUUUCAAAAUCGUCGUAGGAUUAUCAGCGAGAAAACGCAAUCACGAGCAACUAACUGCAUCCGCGAGUGGUCCAAGUAGCGUGAAAAUUUUGGAAAUGAAAAAACAAACGAAUAAGUCGACGGUGAUAUUAUUGGCAGUUGUGGUAUUAUUUUUCACUGCCGAAUUUCCCAGAGGGAUUCUAUGGAUACUGGGAAGGUUUGAUGAGCAUAAUUGGGAAACAGUUUACGAUUCCAUUUCACAAGUAUUCGUUACAAUAGAUCAUAUCAAUAUAGCCAUUACGUUCGUGGUAUAUUACUCUUUGAGUCAGCCAUUCAGAACCGCAUUCAAGUCAUUGUUCAAUUGCGAUACGCGUACUAUUUCUCAUCAAACACACACUCAACUUGCUUUGGGCAAUACCGAAGAAACCAAUUCGGAAAGAAGAACUUUUGAAAUGAAGCGAUUUUCAACAACGGAUAACCAUCUAAGAUAUUCAACUUUUUUGACCGUUUCUCAGACAAAACUGGAUCCAAAAACGCCAACUGAAACGAGGAAAAUUUUGGACCAGAAUUCCGCACCUUCGCCGCGAUCUACUGAGUGUUGA